AUGCAACUAUCUGUUGGAACUAGUCAGAUACUCACUCAUCCAGUACGAAGUCUAUGCCCUCCUAUUAAUGUUUUAUAUGUAGAAACUCAUAGUUGCAACCCUCUUGAUGAGGCACAAGGGCCACCUCCAUACCCAAAGCACAACCAUACACCUAACCUAACUAUCACAAUUGAUUAUUCUAACAUACAAGCUUUCAUGACCACACAGUUUAGCCAUCUACGUCAACAAAUAACAGCUCACCAUGGGGCCUACACCUCUCUUAAUGACGCAUUCUAUAGAAUGAAAUUGACUGGUAAAUUAGUACAAGUUUUUGUUAAAUGCAGGUAA